GCACAUAUUUUUGACAUUCAAUUUCACGUGCAGCGUAUAACGUAAACAAUGCGUUUUUCUUACAUUUCAUUCAAUAAAUAAUUAAAAAUUAUUGUUUACCACACGAAUUUUAUACAAAAAUGUCACGUAUAAUAGUCAAGCAGUUGCCAAAGAACAUCACCGAAGAGAAGUUGCGAAAUCUCUUUGGGACGAAAGGCACCAUCACUGACAUGCAGCUCAAAUAUACACCUGAUGGAAAGUUCCGCCAGUUCUGUUUUAUUGGAUAUCGUAGUGAGGAAGAAGCGCAGGAAGCUAUUAAAUUCUUUGAUAACACAUGUAUUCAGACCAGCCGUAUCAAGGUUGAAGUAUGCGCCGCCCUUGGAAGUGAUGAUAAACCACAGGCUCGCAGCAAAGCGGCCAGAAAAGCUGUGGUCGAAGCUACACAAAAAGAGAUGAAUAAGGACGAGAAAAAUAAUAAUAAAAAGAAAGUAACAAAUGUUGAUGAAAUUUUAGGUAAACAUAAAGAUGAUCCCGAUUUUCAAGAGUUCAUGAAAGCACAUGAUAAAAAGCGUACAUUAUGGGCAAAUGAUGCUGGCGAAACGUUACUGCCAAAUGAGGACAUAGACAACACAGAUGAAAAUCAAAAAGAUACGGAACAAAUAGCAGAUGAAAACGCCGAUGACGAAAAUGAUAAGUGCAGCGAAGAUGACGAUGAAGAGAAAUUAGCAGAAAAACCCAUCAGUGAUUUAGAUUACAUGAAAAAUCUCAUAUCCAAAUCUACAACAGCGGAAAAUAAGAAGGGUAAAACAAAAGCAACGCUUGACUUGUUUACAAUUAAAAUUCAUAAUGUUCCCUACAAAACGAAACGACAAGAGAUUUUAAAAUUUUUUAAACCACUGAAACCGUAUUCUGUACGUUUACCAACAAAUGUACAUGGUUUCUGUUAUGUCGGUUUCAAAACAGAAAAAGAUAUGACAAAAGCUAUGCUUAAGAAUAAGAGCUUCAUCAAAGGAAAGCAAGUAUUCUUCUCAGACUUCACUGAGAAAAAUAAAAUCACCAAAUCGAAAGGAGAGCGAGGCGAAAAAACAACAGAUCUUCAUAAGUUAGAACCAACUAAUCCUAAAUGGGCACAACAAGAACAGAGUAUACAAAAUGAAGAAGGAAUUGCUGAAUCUGGACGUAUAUUCUUUCGUAACUUGGCUUACACAGUUACGGAAGAUAAUCUUCAACAUUUGUUUGAAAAAUUUGGACCCAUCGCUGAAAUAAAUGUACCUGUAGAUACCGUAACGCGACAAAUCAAAGGUUUUGGCACAGUGACAUUUGUAUUGCCAGAACAUGCUGUCCAAGCAUUCAACAAGCUGGAUGGCACCGACUUCCAUGGCCGUUUACUUCAUUUAAUACCAGGAAAAAAUAGAGAUGAAGAUCAGAUAGACGAAGAAGAUGAUUCGGGCUUAUCAUUUAAGCAAAAGAAAGCUUUAAAAUUGAAAAAAUCUGCGCAACAGUCUGUAAAUUGGAACACAUUAUUUUUAGGGGCCAAUGCAGUGGCAGAAAUUUUGGCGAAGCGUUUUGAUACAACUAAGGAAAAGGUGCUAGACACAAGUGAAGGUGGUUCAAGUGCUGCAGUUCGUAUUGCCCUAGGAGAGACGCAAAUUGUUAUUGAAAUGAAAAACUUUCUUGAAGAGAAUGGUGUGCGCCUGAGUGCAUUCGAUUCCCCUACGGUAAAACGUUCUAAAACGAUUAUAUUGGCGAAAAAUUUACCCGCUGAUACCACGGUAGCUGAAUUAACGCCAAUUUUCGCUAAAUUCGGCCCAAUAGGACGACUUAUAUUGCCGCCGAGUGGUGUCACUGCGCUCAUCGAGUUCUGCGAACCAUCUGAGGCAAAGCAGGCUUUUAAAAAAUUAGCAUACAGUAAAUUUAAGAAUGCGCCACUAUAUUUGGAGUGGGCGCCCGAGCAAACAUUUACCACCACACUCAGUGGAGAACCUAUAAUACCAAAACAAGAAGAGCAAAGCCUUUCUCACGAAACAAAUACAUACAAAUCGGGUAAAAAUGAUAUUAAAACAGAGGAAAAUGGGUAUACGAACCAGCAAAAUGAAUCAACAAAACAAGCAGAAACAAAUAGUGAAGAUGAUUUGGCAAAUGAAGCUCCAGAAGCAAAUACAACACUCUUCCUUCGUAAUUUAAAUUUCAAGACCAUCCCGGAGGCAAUACAAAACCAUUUUAAACAUUUAGGCGCGAUACACACCAUAGAAAUAGCAAAGCGUAAAGAUCCAAAAAAUCCAAGAAAUCAAGUCUCCAUGGGUUAUGGUUUCAUACAAUUUAAGUUAUCUGAAACUACCGAGAGAGCUCUAAAGGAAAUGCAAUUCACACAAAUCGAUGGCAAUCAAGUGGAAUUAAAGCGUAGCGAUCGAACACUGAAAACUUCGACACAGGCUCCUCGCAAACAGGUUGCGAAGACACAGCAAACCGGUACAAAGAUGUUGGUACGAAAUAUUCCUUUCCAAGCUAAAGAAAAGGAAGUUCGUGAAAUUUUCAAAGCAUUUGGCGAUCUUCGAUCGGUGCGUUUGCCAAGAAAAAUGACGCCUGGCGCCGACACGCAUCGUGGCUUUGGUUUUGUAGAUUUUAUUACAAAGAGCGAUGCGAAAAAAGCAUUCGAAGCUCUCAGUCAGAGUACACAUUUGUAUGGCAGGCGUUUGGUACUGGAGUGGGCAUCAACCACUGACGACGAUGUGGAAGAAAUACGCAAGCGCGCCGCGGCUGACUAUUUAGCUGGUGCAAAUGAUGUCAAACGAAGUAGGAAAGCUGUAUUUAAUGCUGCUGAGCAGUUAACAGAGGCGGAUGAAGAAGACGAGUAGUAAAUAGAACAGAAUCCAAUUCGUAAUGAAAUUACUUUAACAAGUAUGUUUAAUAAUAAUAAUAAUAUAUUUUUGUAUAACUGCACUACAAAAUACGUAUGUUCGUAUGUUGAUAAACUAUAAUAUAUGUAGUAAAUAAGCAUUAUAUAAUUUUACAUAAAGGUAAAAAAUAAAUUAAAUUGUUUUAGCCUACGUCAUUUUUCUUUAUUUCUUCGCAACCUUUAAAGGUUCGAUAAGUAAACAUUAUAAGGUAAUUAUGAAUGACCACAGACUAAGUCAUUGUAGUACA